ACUAUACUUUUGGAAAAAAAUCUUAUAGUUAUAAAGUUUAGCUAAAUAAAUACAUAUUUUAGUUAAAUUUGAUAAAUAAUAGAAAGUCUGAAUUUUUAUGUAAAAGGGUUAAGAAUCUAUUUGCACACUUUAUAAAUAUCAAAACUUAUUAUCCCUAAUAAGAAAAUCGAAAAUUGAAUCUACCUAAAAGUUAAGAUAUGAAAUAAAUCCGAUACAGAGCGAUUUACAAUUAGUUUAUUAUUCUUUGAUAUUAGUAUUAACCAAUGGAUAAUCAAAUUAAACCUAAAAUGACCCGAUUAAAAUAUAUAAACCGACUUAAUUGACCUAAUAACUAGAUCUUAUACACACGAUUUGAAACCGACUUAUUUAACCCGAAAAACAAAUAUAUUUUUGGUGUUCAAAGAAAAAAACAUAUAGUUAUAAUUUUAACGAAAUGUGAAGAAUUGGUCACCAAACAAUUUGAUCAGCGAAUGAAACAAACGAAAGGCUGAAAGGGUUAGUUAUCCCUAAAGCCACAUCGCCGGCAAGUUCUUCCCUCAUCCUCUAGCCAUGAGUUCCGACAGACUCAGCGACUUGCCCGAUCCUUUGCUAACUCAGAUCCUCUCCCACCUUCCGAUCAUCGAUUCCGUCAAAACAAGCGUCCUCUCAAAGCGAUGGGAGUCCCUCUGGCUCACCGUCUCAACACUCGACCUAAACGACAGAGACAUCGCUCCACCUUACAAGAAACUCUUCGCGACCUUCAUCGACUCCUUCCUCGACCACAACUUCGAAUCACCCCUCCUCCAAAGCCUCAAGAUCAAGUACGACGAGUGCAACGUGAACCUCUUCCCGAUCAGCGAGUGGAUCGCCACAGCCGUUGAUCUCCGCGGGAUCCACCAUCUCGACGUCGAGAUUCAGAAUCCGAUGCACGUCGUUGACUUCACGCCCGCGAGCGUUUACAAGAGCAAGACGUUGGUGUCGUUGAAACUUAGCCACGUGAGGGUUAGGAAUCUGAUGGAAGUCGUUUCUCUGCCUUGUCUUAGGCUCAUGUCUCUAGAGAACGUUUGUUACGGUAAAGAAGGUGAUUUGUGCGUGGAGAAGCUUAUCUCAGGCUGUCCCGUUCUUGAAGAUCUUGAACUGGUGAGGAAGUGUGAUGAUAUGGUGAAGACUCUGCGUGUGAGGUCUCAGAGUUUGAAGAUGUUUCGUUUAGAGUUUCGUUCGGGGAUGGGCGGUGGUGUUGAGAUUGAUGCUCCUGGGCUUGAGUAUAUGAGUUUUAAAGAUUGUCAGUCUGAUAGGAUUGUGGUGAAGAACUUGAACUCAUUGGUGAAGAUUGAUGUUGAUAGUGGGUUUAAUGUUAAGUUUGGUGACAGUGAGGAUCUUAUAAAGAGUGAUACUAUCCGUGAUUUUUUCACGGGGGUUUCUAGUGUAAGACAGAUGAUCAUCUCUCAGCCUACUCUAGAGAUUCUUUAUCGCUAUUCCGAACUGGUACCGGUUGCUGAAUUUCAGAGAUUAUAUCAUUUGCAGGCUGCGUUUUCGACCUCAUCGUUACAGUUAUUGCCAGCCUUUCUUGAGAGCUGCCCGAAUCUGAAAAGCCUGGUCUUGGACUUUUCUGUUUCAGCGGAGUCAGAGCAGAUCAAUCUUACCAAUGUGCCUCGUUGUUUAACAUCGACUUUGGAGUGUGUUGAGAUUAACAAACUGAUUACGAAGGAAGAAACUGGGAUAAAACUAGUGAAUUACUUUCUUGAGAAUGCAGCAGUACUCAAGAAACUUUCUGUGAGUUUCACUGAUUCUCCUAUGGCCGACGAGGAUUUAGAUACCUACAAGGAGCUUCUCACAUCUACAAAGCGUUCUCGCAUAUGUCAAGUUUUCAUCAGCUGAUGAUGCUGGUGGGCACAUGAGCAUUUGUCUUUGAGGAGGGAAUGAUCAAUUCUCGUGAAACUGCAUUUCGUUGGUAAGGUUUAUUAGGAUUUGAACUUGGGAAUUAAUAGAACAACAAGAGCGUGAUGGGGAAGAUCAACAGUAAGCUCAUGAAAAUGGCUAGAAACAAGGAGGAAUGUGCAUAAACCUCUUUCUGAAAAUAAGUGACUAAAGUUGUAAUAAUGAAAAAUGUGAAGUAAAUCGCAGUUACCUAGUCUCUCGUAGGUUUCUGGACAUUUUGAUGAGUAAAUCACACUCUUGUUCUUACUAGUUAUAUAAUAUUUUCUGUCAAUGACUCA